UCUUCUUGGUUGAUUUGGUAACUGCUCGGAUCAUUGAUUGAUCGUAUUGAAUAACUCUUUGCCUCGUCGGUGAUGAUAGCUUCCUUCGCUGUUUCUGCUCACUUCGUCAUGGAUGGUUCUCUCGUCAGUAAUGUUAUCUUCGUCAGCGGUAUGUAGAGUUGUCAUUCCCGUCAGUUGCCCCCCAGGUUCUGGGGUCGUCGGUGACCUGUCAUGACGAUCACAGAAGCUGAAAAGUUUUUCUUGUGACUCUUGGGGUUCUGUUCCGCCUUUAAUGUUUAGUGGCGGCGUUACACGCAAUCAUGGCCACGUGGCGCUUGAUGGUCUGUGGAAUUAAUGGCAUGACCCUUGGGUUUCCCGCUGGUUUUUCAAUCGUUUUUUGGCCCACAUUUAAAACUUCUCCUUUUCAACUUUUCGUUUAUUUCUCAGAGAGCAAAAGCAAACCAGUUUUUUAGAGAUACUCUGAAUAUUGUGGCUUCCUUCUUCUCCGAUCUGCCUUGUGCUGCUUCUGCCGUUCCGCCAUUGGAGUUAAGAGACGGCCUGGGCUGAAGAGACGAUAUAAGGAACGUAUAGAGACCGCCAUCGGGUACGCUGAGACGAUUGAGAGCUGGGACGAGCUGGUUGACCCUCGAUCUCUUGCGUUUUACAACCUUGGUCCUGACCCAUCUCCUUUCGUUCUUCGUCAGCUUGGCAUUGAAGGAAAAAAGAGUAAGUUUUAACUUCGUCAAUGCUGAUUCAUCUUCUGUACACUUAAGCACUUCUUUGACACACUUUCUUCUUGCAGAGAUGACGACCAAGUUUAACAAGGACAUGUAUGCAAAGAUGAGGUCAAAGAAGGACGAACCCCUGUCCAAUUUGGGGAAGAAGACCGUGCGAGUUACCGGGAAGGGUUCUGCCUCCAUCCCGCUCAGCAUUGUUCCUUCCAUAGCCUCUGAAACGACGAGGACUGCCUCCCCGACCGCUUCAAUAGAAGAGAUUCCUACUCCUGGCUCUAAAAGGCCGCGCGUGGUUGGCAAAGGAAAGGAGAAGACUGAUACUCGUCCGUCCACCAUAUGGGAUGACGAGUCUUUGGCUGUGGAAAGAGCUCACGAGGUCGUUACUUCAGCGGACUUGAAGGCUCUAUCUGACUUGUCCUUAAACGAUGUGGCUUCCCGUCACGUCCACAAACUGGUCCAGGUGUUGGGAGAGAGUAUCCAUAUCACUGCUGAGUACCUCACUCAAGGGGCCAAGGUGGCGUCUCUGGCGACCCGGAUGGAGGCUCAGGAGAGGGAGAACUCUGACCUGAGGACGAACCUGAUUACUUCUAUGGACGAGGCCACGACACUGAAGGAGAAGGUCAAGGUGCUGGAGGACGACCUCAGAGUUGAGCGCGGGUUGACUCAGGAGAAGGACGAGCAACUUCAGGCAGCCAAGGAGAAGCUAGUGAACAUCGCCGCUCGAUCCGUGGAGGCUUUCCAGACCACUGAUGAGUACAACACCGUGCUCUUCAGCUGGUAUUUUAAGGGAUUUGAGCUUCUCCGGAGGUACAUGAUCAAGCAUCCUUCCGGAGUCAACCUGGAGAGCCUGGAUUUGGAGGAGGUGGACAAGGAAAUGGCCCUGGAGGAGGCAGCUUCGUCUUCUGCCCCCGGUGAUGAUGUUCCUGAACCCGUUGCUGACGUGCCGGCCAGUGAAGGCACAGCUGAUGCUUGACUCUACUUACUUAGAAAAAUAUUAU